AUGUCAUUAUCAGAACUUACUGAGCAGCAACGAGCGACUAUCGGCGAUCGCGCGCGAGUAUGGGAAGUCCGACGCUUCUGCCAGGUGCUGCCAUCUGUCGUUAAAUACGUGCGUGGUUCGGAUGCUGGCCUUACGAGCAGGCCGUUGGAGCCACACGGCAGAUAUGUCAAGAAUGAACCAGACGGCGCGCUUGCUGCUUUGCUCCGUUGCGUCAUCCAUCAGACGGGCGCUGAUCUGGCGAUGGUCAGCUUGCUAGACGAUCAUACGCAAUACUUCAUCUCGGGGGCCAGUCGGGCCAACGUAGAUGAAGUCAAGGUCACCUUGGACUCAACGCGAUGGUACGGAUGCGAGUCGGUAACUCAUCACGGUGGUCUGUGCGAGCGUACCAUUACGCGGCAGAAUGAGCCAGGCGGGAACAUGGCACUUUACGAAGAGCUUGAUAUGGCUGAAUUGGAGAGAACCAAAUACCUUCCAUUUGUUCAGGGUGAUAUUGCCAAGUUCAGACAUUAUGCUGGUGUUCCUUUGAACCCCUAUGGAGGACCAAACAUUGGCACUGUCUUCACAUUCAGCUCAACGCCGUCGCAGAGUGGACUUUCGGACGCCCAUCGCUCAUACCUGUUUGAGACAGCGUCCCACAUUAUCCGACAUCUGGAACAAGCAGUGGAGGCACUGGAGGGUAAGCGUGUGCUCAAGUUCAACCAAGGUGUGGCUUCUCUACUCAAGAUGGGUUCGAGCGCAGGACUGGCCGCUCAGCCUGCUCACAAGAAUUCUUCAUCAGGCGGCCAUACCGAACAUGGAGUCAUAGUGUCAAACCUCUAUCCCUCUGCAGCUCUGCAGCUGUACCAUCUUUCAGCUACAUUGCUCUACGAUACUUUCGAAUUUGACGGAGUUCGCAUCCAAGAGUUGGGCUCCUCAAGCAACAAAAACCCCGUCUGGAACGGCUCAAACAUGCUAGCCGAGCAUCUCGGACCAAAAGCGCACAGGCCCCGAGACCUGAGCCACAGCUUAAUGAGCAGAUUACUUGAGUUAUUUCCACAUGGGGCUGUGUUCCAAUUACUCAAUGACACGAGCGACAUCGUUGUUGCUACGAGCGCAGACGAUGUCGCUUUAGUUGAAGAUGCCCUUAUACUCACGGAGCUUUCGAAAACCUUCUUGCAGGCACAGCAGAUCGUCUUGAUGCCGCUGUGGGAUGCGUUCCACGAACGUAAUAUUGGUGCGGUCCUCGGGUUCGCCGAGAAUCAGACAAGAGUCUAUCUCGGCUCGACGGAUCUUGCUUCCAUUUCAGCAUUCUGCACUACGAUAAUGACGCAAGUGCGGCGUCUCGAAGCUCAGGUUAUAGACAAGAUUAAAUCAGACUUUCUUGGAUCGAUCUCCCACGAAAUGCGGACACCUCUCCAUGGCAUACUAUCAAGCCUUGAGCUUUUAGCGGACACACCGCACAGCGCACACCAACGCGACCUGCUAGAGACGGCAAGAUACAGCGGCUUGUCCUUGCUCGAUACCAUUGAGCGUGUUCUAUAUUUCAGCAACAUCAGUUCCGGGUCGCGAAGUGCACAUCUACCAAGAUCAGACUCAUCGAACGAUGGGCUUCUCCAUUCGUCAAGUCUUGCAGCUUAUCACUCGGCAGCUUCCUCACAAGACAAGGAUACCGUACAGCUGAUGGAUACUUGCGAGGACAUCAUCCACAGUGAGGUACACAGAUAUCGUGCCAAAAAGGCUAAUAAUGCUUUGAAGUUUGGGGAACCAUCAAACUGCAUUCGAGUUUCACUGGAUCUCACGGACGGUACUACCAAGGUUUCUUGUUCAGACGGCGGUAAAGGCAUCUCUUCCGGCUUUAUUCGCCAUUCAAUCUUUGACCCAUUUUCUCAGGAGGAUCCCGUUGCAGAAGGUACUGGCCUUGGACUUUCCAUUGUCAAGCAAACAGUCACUAUGCUUAGUGGUGAUAUGCAGAUUGAGUCAAACAGGAAAGAAGGCUCUACCUUCACUGUCACACUCCCAUCCAGUCAGGCACUUUAUGAGGCACCAGAACAGGCAUCAGAGAGCUCAAAUUCGCAGGCUGGCACUGCUGGGCUACACCAGCUUGACAUGAGUCUCUUCACACCGACGCGCUGGAGAUCAGGAGACUCCUUACGGAACCAGCGCUGUAUUUGUUUACUGUUGGGCUCACUUGCGAAGAGUGUAAGCAGGUGGUUCAAUAUCCGGCUCAUUCCUUGGGAAAGUGCAAGCAGAGCCUCGCAAUGGCGCUUGCUUGUCGUUUUGGAGGAGGACGAAGACAGUGCGCUGCGAGCUUGCGGUGGCGCAUCUGACAACUGCGAGCGUAUUCGUCUCUGCCCUGAUGUACAACCCGCUCCCAGUCUGUACUCAACGCCUUCGAAGGGUGUCGCAACAAUUGCCGGUGCGGUGACUAGUUCAAAACUCCAGGAUGCGCUGGCGCACUUGUAUCCUAGCCAAGUCCCUCCCUCUGAGCUUCGCCACAACUCCGACCAGGAAUUAGCCACAACAAUAGAUGAUCAGCAACAGUCAGUAGAAGGGAGCUAUAGCCAAGUAAGCGGAGACGCAACCGACGAAUGCCGUGCUGCGCCAACAGCAUUGCUAUCCCGGUUACAACUCGAGAGGAGCCCCCAAUUAGACGGCGAGGAAAGCGGCGUGCAGUCACUGGCAAUGCCAGCAGCCAGCCCAGUGGUCACUUCAGAGAUGAACAUGGCAGAAAAGUCUAAUGGAGCCCAACCCGAGCACCGAGACACACAAUCGCAUACGGAGCAAGCAAAAGAUCCGGCAGUCUGUACGUCACCAGAGGCAGUUGUAGCAGAGCCUAGGCUGCUGCUGGUAGACGACAACGCUGUGAAUCUCAAGGUACUUGCCAUGUAUGCAAAAAAGUGUAGCAAGACAGCUGCAACACCUGUCGGAGGUGGUCAAGAGGCCAUCGAUGCCUUCAGGAACGCCAUUAAGUCCGGCGAUGACACGGCUCCGCAACCUUUCGAUCUCAUUUUCCUCGACCUCUCUAUGCCCGAGGUUUCGGGCUUCGACGUUGCGAGAGAGAUACGGAAGACGGAAGCGCGGUCGGGGUGUAAGAGGACGUACAUGUGUGCACUCACCGGGCUUGUGAGCGAGAAAGACCGCAAUGCUGCGUAUGCUUCGGCUCAACCACAGACAGCCCUCGCCAUGGCUUCCAACACUGACGCCGCCUUCGUCGAGGACACCGAAAUCGAGCAGCAGCUGAGGGUGCGCGCCAAUGGCUCCGAGACGCUGAAGACACCGCGGGCGACCUCGCCGGGCCCCGACAGCGACGAUGAGGACGCGCCACUCCUGGGUGCCUCGCCGGGUGCCAACGGACACGAGCAAUGGGCAGGAGAUGCCGACUUUCGCGGUCUUCCCUGGUGGAAGCGCCCUUCGAUAUUCUGGCUCCUUCCUCCCUUUCUGCUCUUCACCAUAGCGUUUGGCGGCAUCAUCGUACCCAAGAUCAACCUGAUCAUGGACCUCGUCUGCGAGGAGUACUACGCGACCCUAGAAACCGACCCCAUAUCCUCUCCCAUGGACCCGGGCCAAGACCGAUGCCAGAACGACGCCGUGUCCUCCCGCUCGUCCCUCUUCCUCCUGUACGCUAGCUUGUGCUCCGGCAUACUCUCCGCCAUCAUCAGCCCGAAGAUUGGCGCCCUCUCGGAUCGGUACGGGCGGAAGAAGUUCAUGAUAGCCAAUACCUGCGGCGCCCUCUUUGGCGAGGUCCUUACAAUCCUCGCUGCCAAAUUUCCCGAGACGGUGCACGUCAACUGGAUACUCGUUGGCUACUGCUUGGAGGGCGUAUCUGGAUCCUUCAUCGUCGGCAUGGCAUGUGCCCACUCGUACGCUUCCGACUGCGUUGCACCACAGAAGCGGAACGUCGCCUUUUCAUACUUCCACGCUUGCUUGUUCGGUGGCAUCGCUAUCGGACCCGCGCUGGCAGGCUACAUCAUCAAUGCGCGCCAGAAGUACGUUGGCAAGACGGAAGCCGUCUUGCUCAUCUUCUACAUGGCCCUUGGUGCCCACUUGAUCUUCAUUGCAUUCCUUGCCUUCCUUGUCCCCGAAUCCCUUAGCAAAGCACGCCAGGAAGCUGCACGUGAGAAGCGCAGAGAGGAAUUGGAACGACAGGGUCCCGCUGGCGACUUCAUCAACCAACUACGCUCUAUCAACCUUUUUGGCCCUCUGAAGAUUCUCUGGCCGACUGGACCUGGCACCUCGUCGGCUUUGCGUUGGAACCUUCUUCUGUUGGCCGCUACCGAUACCAUCAUGUUUGGUGUCGCAAUGGGUGCCAUGAGCGUUGUACUCGUCUACACUCGCCGCCAAUUUGAUUGGCAUGAGCUAGAAAGCGGCCGCUUCACCACCAUCGUGAACAGCUCACGCGUUUUUGCUCUUCUAGUCAUUCUGCCAAUUCUGACCCGCAUCUUUCGCGGAAAGAAUGGGGCUGCCCGCAUGCGCAGUUCAGGGUCCGACCUAUUCGACCUUUCCAUUAUCCGUGCAGCCAUCUUCUUCGACAUGGCUGGCUUCCUCGGAUAUGCUCUUGUCCGCAAAGGCGAGCUCUUCGCACUCUCUGGCGCUAUUGCUGCCAUUGGCGGUAUCGGUUCGCCCACCCUUGGCGCUGCAUUGACCAAACAUGUGCCGCAAGAUCAGGUCGGUCAACUGCUAGGUGCCACGGGCUUACUUCAUGCUGUUGCACGUGUGAUGGGGCCCACCAUCUUCAACGGUAUCUACAGUGCUACUGUCGGCGCAUACAGACAGACCGUUUUCGUAUGUCUCGCAGCGACUUUCGGGACUGCGUUCCUGUGCAGUUGGUUCAUUCGUCCACAUGUAUAUACAGACGGAGAUGACAAACGCGCUGCGCGAUCAGAUGAACAAGAAGCAUAG